AUGGAUUUAUUAAAGUCUCCAACUCUUGAUAGAUGGGUAAAUAAACCAAGAAUAGAUCCUGAAGAAUAUGAAUCUUAGCUUCUUCUAACUCAAAGAAAAUUCAAGAAUUACAAGUACUCUAUAUAUGUCCUUAAUAGAAAAGCAUUGAAAAUAUAACACUGGUUCUUUAAGCUAAAGGCAUUUUUAGAUUACACUCUCAUACAUGAGAAGAAUGAAAUAAAACUUGAAAUGCCUGAUUAGGUUUUGGAUAAUCAUAGCAGACAGAGCUCCAUCAUGUCUUUUAAGGAUAGACCAUAGCAUAAGUAUUAAUUCUCAAUUAGUCUCAUCGAUCCUGAUUGUGAAAAUAAUGAUUAUAAUCACAGUCUUAUGCAGUCAAUUGAAUCAAAAGAGAUACUUUAUUUGACAAAUAAAAUUAAUAUACCUUAAAAUCUGUUCUAAGAGCAAAUGUCUGAUUUUUCUCUACAAAUAAAUUCCUUAAAUGAAACAAAACAAGAUAACAACAAUUUAGUAACUAGUACUCCUGGAUUCUAGCAUUUAAGUUCAGUCGGCUCCUCAAACAGGAUUUUAGAGAUGAGAGAAUUAUCCUCAUAGUAAGAGUUAAAGAUUUCCCCAUUAAAAGAGAAAGACUCAUAAUAUGAGGACAGCAGAAAGAUUAUAAGUUAGGUAACCUUCUAGAAUAUAAACAGCACUUUAUAAGAGAGUGCCACUAAAAUGGAUAAUAUAACUUUUGAUGGCUAACUAUAAUUUCAAGAGUAAAAUGAUUAGAUUAUUUCUAAAGCAGUUGACAAGAAACUGUUUAAGAAUCCAUUCAGGUAAAAUAAUGUUAAUAGCAAUGUAUCUAGUCAUAAUGAUUCCUUUAAGAUUUUACUUCAACCGAUCUAAGUAUCAGUGUCUUUAGAGGAUGAUGCUGAAGAGUUACCUUAAUCAAGUUUACCGCUCUAAACAUAAUCUCUAUCUAGUAACGAGAGCUUAAGGCAUGGAGGGAGUAAUCAGUAGCGUUCAAAAUCUCCUAGAAAUCUAUAAAGACUUGAAAAUUUGAAAGUAUGGGCUAAGUAAUUUGAUGAGUAUAGUGACUUGUCCUCAGGAAACAAUAGCUCUUAAUAAUUACUCUCAAAAACACAAACAUCAGACAACUUGAAUCAAUGUGAAUCUAAAGAUUCAAUAGCUACUAAUAAGAAUAUCCUUGAACUUAAUAGAGAAACAUCAAGCGGUACGAAUGAUUUAGACUUCUUCAGUCUCUCAGGAUAGCAAAGCCUUCUUAAGCCAUGUUCUCCAAAAAAGGAAAGUCUUAGAUAUAAAACGGGUCCAGAAUCUUUAGAUUCAAUAUUAUCUUUCAAAGUUCAGAAUAUAGAAAAUUAACUGACAAGCAUGAAAUGCAAUUCAUUGAUAAAACUAGAACAGAACUAUGGCAGGAAUACAAUCAAUUUCUCUAAUUUUAAAACUCAUAAUCAAAAUGAAAACUAGGGAGUAACCCCAACAAGACAAAGAAGGACAAGAGCUGAAAGAAUCAAGGAGAGAUCAACCUCAACAUCCAAUCGAUUCUAAAAUUAAGAAAAUUAAGUCUAAACUCCUAAAUCUAGCAAAAAGUUUGUAUCUAAAUUGAAAUCUCCUACUGAUUUAAAAUCGUAAAAGAUUUAACUGCAAAAAUCAAACUAUGUCUAAAUGGGAAUUGUAAAUUUAAGUAUUGAAAAUGAAGAAAAAUAAGAUGUUCAAGACUAACUAAAUAGCACAAGUCUAGCUGAGUCUGAACUGGAUAAGUACUUCCAAAGUGUUUAGCAGAACAUGAGUUUGAAAAUUUUUGGAAAGGACAUUAUCAACUAGUUAAAUCAAUCAAAAGAAUAGAAUCAGUCUUGCAGUUUAAGAUAGGAAGAAACUACGAAACAUCAAGAAAGUUUGAGGAUUCCAAGAUACUAAGCAAGUUAGAGAUGA